UUAACAUUUCACCUUCCUCUUCCUAUUAAAAACCCAACCUCCUCCUUUCUUCAUAAAGAGGAAAUUCUCACUUCAUAUAAUUCCCCGCAUGGAGCCUCUAAGCUCAGAGGUAUGCCUCUCUGAAACUUCUUCAAGCAUCGUCUCAGUUUCAAAUGCUCCUUCAAAAUUCUCUCUGAAUGUCUCAAUGGACAACCCAAAAGGGAGAAAACAAUUACAAGAAGAAGAAGAAGAAGAAGAAGAGGAAAGAGAAAACAAGAACGAAGACACCAGUGAUCGUGAUCUUGUAUUGGAUCUAAGCCUCCUUUCCGGCAAAGAUUCCAAGCCAGAACUGAUCAAUCUCAUCGAUUCUUUUGACAUGGAAUCAUCGCAGAAGUCAUCCUUGGAUACUCCUCAAGGUAAUGAAAUCGAGCCUCGAGUAUUCUCAUGCAACUAUUGUCAAAGAAAAUUCUAUAGCUCACAGGCACUUGGGGGUCACCAAAACGCACAUAAACGAGAAAGAACACUAGCUAAACGAGGACAAAGAAUCAAUGGAGGAGGCUCUUUUUCUCUUGGUCAUCACCAUAACUCGCAAAUAAAUCGAUACACUAGCAUGGCCUCUCUCCCUCUGCAUGGCUUAUUAAAUAGAUCACUUGGAAUUCAGGUGCACUCCAUGAUCCACAAGCCGAGUUUUGUACCAUCUUCCACUCUUAGUUCUUCAAAUGUUCAUGGGAAAAAUGGAUGGUCUAGGCAACCUAUUGGUCAGCAACCGGCAGUUGGGAGGCUGCCAUCGGAAAGCUUUCAUAUGGGAACAAGAAUCGGAUCAUCUAAUGGGGUUGCAAGAUUUGAAAGUGCAGGAAAAUUUUCCCCAGCUGGGGAAAGAAUGGGUGGAUACUGGUGUGAUUCUGGUGUUAACCAUUUGAAGACUAAGCAAGAUGAUUUGCAAAAGCUUGACCUUUCACUCAAGCUCUAAUAUAAGUACCUCCUCUUCUUUCUAUUUUACAGUUCAAUCUCUAUCUUCUCUUCUUCUUCUUUGACUUUGUUUUGUUCUUGGCUACUAUAGAAUUUUUCAUAUAUAUUUUGUAGCUGGAUCUGCUGUAAAUCUUGUUCUUUUGGCUACAGAACACCAUGACUCUAUGGAUUUAGCAAGUAAAAGUUGGCUUCA